AUGCCAUGGCAUUUCGCGAACGUGCGCACGCCGAAAGGAACUUCUUCUGCGAGCCAUUUUCUGGUGCAGGCUGGUUCAGUUGCACUAUAUAAAUAUUACGAAUCGUUUGCCUCCUGUCCCUGCCAUGCGCCAAACAUGGAGCACAUGGAGGAUAUUGACGGCCACACAGCCAACCCGGAGACGGUAGAGGCCAUCCGGCAUUUCCGAGGGUACGCAAAGAUUGACCUUUCACAUUUUCGGCUGGAGGAUGACCACGUCCUCGGCUCCCGGCCCGUAGGCCAGAAUGUCGAGACUCAAAAUGUCUUGAGACUGCUAAAAUUAUUUGAGUCUGUGGGUUGUGACCGGCAAAAGCCGCAUACGAGCGGCGCAGGAAUUUUUCUACCUGGUGAGAGAUGGUGGGGAGCAAGACUUUAUCUAGACAGUAACACUGCUGCGAGAGAUCGGCUGCGAGAAAAGUACUCAAAUGAGCAGAAUUUCGGCGAUGGUGACAUCUAUCGCAACCUCCGCUAUCAUCAGCUACGGGGUAAUGGUCCUCGAGCGGAAGCCUGGUGGGCAAGGUGGAGUUCCCCUAAACGCCGCCAUGUGCGCCAGAUGCAGAAACAGGAGCGACUGCUAAACCAAUUUGAUCGCCUCUUACCGUAUGUUGGGCUGUGGGCCUCAGUCAAUGUUAAACUCUUUCGGCGUAUUGUUGACUCCAGAUGUUAUGAGGAGUCGAUUAAUUACUUAGACCAGACUUUUAAAGUCUGGUCUGUGCUUCCUCAUGAUGCUGCUGCUCUGGUUGAUGCACAGUCAGUGCAUCUCUUAGAGGGUCUGAUGCCAGCAUACUCUCUAGUGGAUCAGAAACGUAUUCAAGAUCUGAUGAACAACAGAGAAAUAUUUCCUGCACUUAUAGAUUCAGAGAGAAGAAGCAAGGUUUUGGAACGUUUGCUUCAGGUCUCCGGAAGAAUACUCUCUCUUCACACUUUCAGUCAGGACUUACUAUUCCUAGAACUCCCUAGCAAAGCAUUACGUGGUCUUCUUCCGAAAACUUUUAAGGGCUCUACGUGCCGCUAUUUCGUUGAGCAUAUGUGUCAGGUCGAACUCUAUGAACCAGAGCCAAAGAGACUUAGUGACACUGUGCGCAGAAUACAAAACACUCUAAAGCAACUGCAGGAGAAAAGAAAAAUAGCUGAUGGAGUGCCAGUAUUCAGUAAAAAUGCAACGAGCGAGCCUCUUUGUCGUCGGUAUAAUCGACCCCUUGCCUCCCACCUUGAGAGUGACCGGUGUUAUUUUUUCAUUGAGCAUAUUUACGGUACUGAUCAAUCUAUUGCUCAUCAUCCGACUUCAAUUGCGGUUACACGGGAGAUAAUAUUCUCUUUCUUUGGGAAGGAACCCAUAUAUGAUCAAAUUUUGGAACUUCCGGAAUCUCCAGAGCAUGAAGAUCAUCCAACAGGCAGCCCUGGCAUCCCAUUGGAACGACCCACCCUGCCGUGGCAAACAAGUAGUUAUAUGGAGUCGACACCACCUACAGAAUCCUGGGUUCAUGAAGAUCAUUCAUCAGGUAGCCGAGACGUCCCAUUUGAGCGAUCUAUCCUGCCAGGGCAACCUUCCAUUUUAAGCAGCUACGUGCCCUCGGGCACGAAUAAGCUAACGGUCCCCCAAGCAUCAGGAUUUGAAGACUUUAGCGGCGACCCAAAUACGAGGCUUGCCAUAGCAGCGAAUCGCAGUACAGAUGAGAUAUUGAACAUGUGGUAUGCUUCUCAAGACGACGGCCUCAUUGUCUUCUAUAUGUUUUCUACUCGACAAUUCUACAAAUUUUGGAAUGAUGACUUCGCUCUUCAAUCUACGAUAUUCUUACUAUCUAAAGAUCACUUUUUCAUGCAUUAUGUCGGGAAAAAAGGUCAAAGUUUACCUGAUGAAAGAAUCCUGGCAGUAGCCGAAGAGGAGAGAUUGUUAUUUGUUGGUCCAAAGACAGCUCCUGGAAUAUCCAUCACAGCUUCUGCAUCAGUAGAUGAUAUUGAGAAAUAUGUGUCGAUGCAAGAAGAAGAAGAAGAAGAAGAGCAGGAUGAUCCGAAGCGGACUCGUGAAUGUAUUGGUUCUGUCUUUCUCUUUGCCGCUGCCAGGGUGUUAUUCAGCAUUAGGGCGCACAAAUACAAGAGUUCGACAUUAUGGCGCAUCAGUGAUUGGGCCACUACCGUCCCUAGGGCCACUGCCGUCCCUAGGUUCACUGCCGUCCCUGGGUUCACUGCCGUCCCUAGGGCCACUGCCGUCCCUAGGUUCACUGCCGUCCCUAGGGCCACUGCCGUCCGCCCACUAACGCGCCUCUACAACAGCCUCGAGACAACACUGGGAGAAGGAGCGGUCAGUCACCUGGAGUCGCGGAUCCCAUUCCCGGUAAAGCCGUGGUGGAGAGCGCCCACGGUCACUAUCGCGGAAGAUCGAGAAGCGGCGGAACGACUGCACACACACAUUAUCAGCGGAGCCGAUCCACCACUAGCAGUCUACACUGACGGUAGCGGCAUCCACGGGAAAGUGGGGGCUGCUGCAUUGGCGCCGCCGAUCCACACCCAAGAACUCGCUUAUCUCGGCAAGGAAACGACUGCCACCGUGUAUGCAGCCGAGCUUCUUGGCAUUCUCAUGGGCCUAAACCUAAUCCUAACGUCAGACCGGCGCAGAGCAGCGAUCUUCACGGACAACCAGGCAGCCCUGAGGGCUCUCCAAAACCCCAGAAGAUCAUCCGGCCAAUCCAUACUUCGGAGGAUCAUAGAUGCUCUAGAGAGGGUCCGCUCCCAGGGCCUUCAGGUGGAAUUCUACUGGAUCCCGGCGCACCAAGGGAUCGAAGGUAAUGAAUUGGCGGACAAGCUCGCAAUGGAAGCGACGGGCUGCAGACAACAACGAGGCAGAAGAGGGAGGAUGAUCACAGUGGACACUGAUGACACCGCAGCUACACCUGACUUCCUAAGACACCUGAUAUCCGCAGCCAAGUCGGAAAUUCACCGCCAGACCCAGGUACAGUGGGAGCGGGACUGGGAGAACGAGUCAUCGGGGCGAGCCACCUACGCGCUCACACCCGCACCAAGCCCCACGGUCCUCCAUCUACACCACUCCUUACACAAGGCCCUCAGUUCAACCAUCGUACAGAUGCGCACCGGCAAGAUUGGACUACGACAAUUCCUAUAUGAAAGAAAGGUGCCAGAGAUCACUGACACCCUAUGCGAAUGCGGUGGCGGAAAUCAAACAGUACGGCACGUCCUAUUAGCGUGCCCUAGGUUUAACAACCUCAGAACGGAAACAUGGGAAAACGGGGAAGGAAGGGGGGAAAGGUUGGAUCUCAAGGAGAUCUUGACGACGCCUAAGCUAGCUAAGAAGGCUGCAAGAUUUAUGAUCUUAACUAGACUCCUCGGGCAAUAUGGAGCAAUUACGGAGGACAAAAUACGAUAA